AUGCGACAACACGAAUAUUCUCAAGCAACGAGGUGGUUGGUAAUAUAUAAAGAGAUUGAGGUUCAUGUAGACGUUAAACGGUACCUGAAUUUGCAGGCACAACUCUCACAAUCGACAGAUGCGGGUAACGACAGCAGUGCAAUUAUUGAUUUCGACAAUACGUUCACGGCCUUUUAUAGUGUGAUCGUGAUACACAGUGCAAGCAAGAUUGAAUCUUUCCAUGAAGCUAGUGAAGGUAAAGCGCUACUACUCAUGUGUAAGUUGUCGCCGGAUAAUUUUCUCAAUGAGCCUCUGCAUGUUUGCCAUAUUUAA